AAAUGACGGAGGGAAUAUAAUUUGCUAAGGAGGGGAAUUAAGACAUUUGGAGGUUGGCGCUGGGUUGUAUACAGGUUGCGCCAUUUCUGAAUUUAUUCUCUCUCUUUCCUCCGACUCCGUUAGAUCUCAUUUUGAUCUCAGGUACUUUUUUCAAUUUUUCUGUUUUCACAAUUUUUCAUUUUUCAUUGGGAUUCUGCAAAUCUAUACUUCAAUUUUGAUAUCCAAAGAAUAAAAUAUGAAUUCUAAUUAUGGUAAAUCUGGUAAAUCUUUGAACAACUUUGAUUUCGAUUUAGGGAUUGGAUCCAAUCGUUCUAAAUCUCUAAAUGAUCAGAAAAACAAUUCCGGUUCAUAUUCUUAUGUAUCAUCUCAAUCAAAACCUGCCACAACAUGGCAGCCUGGAAAACCCUCGUGGACUCACCAACCCGCACCGAGUAGCACCGGGUUGACUCGAUCCGAGUUGGGUGGUCCUACGUCUAUGGUUGGGGAUAUUUUUGGUAAGAGUUGGAACUCUUCUGCACCUGCUUCUGCCACUGGGCAAAGCGCUAACAUUGGGGUUGUGAAUAAAAACCCUAAUUUAUUUGGGGAUUUGGUCAGUUCUGCCUUAGGACAGAGUAAGACUAGUAGUAAUGUUCCAUUGAAGAGCGCUACUCCUGUUAAGAGCUCGUUUUCGAUGGGUGGUAUGGCAGAUUCGCUGCCGAAAACAAAUGGUAGUAAUGUAGCUAGAAAUGGUAGUGCUGGUUUGGGUUCUUCUCAGAGUUUUGGGGCUUUUGGAGGGGCAACCAUUAAUAGUACUGGUGGUUUUGGAAAUAAUACUAUGCAUAAGAGUUCUAGUAUGGGUGGUAUUGGUACCGGUACUGGUACUGGUUCUGGUACUUCAAUGCGAGGUAUAGGUGGUGGGGUUGGAGUAGGGAUGAAAACGAACAAAGAUCCAUUCGGUUCUUUGGUUGAUUUUUCGUCAAAGCCAAUGAAUGGUGGUGGUGGUGGUGGUGGUGGUAGUGGUAGUGGUAAUCCAUCUUCUAAAGGCGCUACUGCUACCUCUGCUGAGGACUUUGCAUUUGGGGAUUUCCAGAAUGCUUCAAAAUCAAAUACAUCUACCUUCCCUUCAGGAAAUAGCAGUUCUUGGGGAUCUGAUUUUAGCUCCAUUCCAACUAUGGAUAGUUUCACCACUGCUAAACCAGCACCUGUACAGUCUACUGGUGGUGAUUCAUUUGACAUAUUCUUCACACCAUCGACCACUGCUUCUAGUGCCGGUGCUGUGGCAUCAGAUAGUGUUGAAGUAGGUGGGGAUGAUUGGGGUUUUGAUUCCGGGUUUGGAGGAGAUAAUAAUGGGGGUAAUACUACCGAGCUUGAAGGUCUUCCACCUCCUCCUGCUGGUGUUUCUGCUUCUAAUGCAAAGACUAAAGGUCUGGAUAAUUACAAACAGGGGCAGUUUGCUGAUGCCAUAAAGUGGCUUUCUUGGGCUGUAGUUCUUCUAGAGAAAGCUGGUGAGACAGCUAGCACUACAGAAGUCUUGACUUGUAGGGCCUCAUGUUACAAGGAAGUUGGAGAGUACAAGAAGGCUGUUGCUGAUUGUACGAAGAUCCUGGAUAGUGAUGGGAAGAAUGUGGCUGUAUUGGUACAGCGUGCACUCUUGUACGAGAGUAUGGAGAAAUAUAGGCUUGGAGCAGAAGACCUUAGAACUGUGAUGAAAAUUGAUCCAGGAAACAGGGUCGCACGAAGUACCAUUCAUCGUUUGAAUAAAAUGGCUGAUUAGUGAAGGUACGUCGCAGAAAUUUUAAACUUACUCAUUUGUUAGUAAGUGUAUACCUUCUCGUCUACAGAGUUACGAGUUAUAACGAUAAUACUUUGUCAUCCAUUGCUCCGAGGGCGUUAUAUAUAAAACUAUUACCCGUUCAUUUAUACAUAUAUUUGCCUGUGAGAUUUUACAUGUAUACUUUCUGUAAUUUCUUUUGAGAUUGUUUACCAUUUCACUUCUUAGCUUCAUUUUCUCUUUUGUAUUACUUGAUUUCAAAGGUGAUGUAUUACUAAAUCGAACAGUCAUUUUGUUUGUAUGUUGCGAUUUCAUUCUUUUCAAGCUACAGCUGAUAUAAAUUCGAUACUAAUGAUCUUGAUAAGUA